AUGGGAUCUCGGCCGUUGAUCGAUGCGGUAACCAAAUGGCUUGAAAACAUUCCAGCCUGUGACGAUUCUGCCGACUCUUGUCACGCUAGAGAUGGCUCGCUCAGUAUCCUAGCUUUCAAGUCGCAAAAGCGCAAGCACUCUCAUCUUCAAAUCCCCUCACCGCCCGUCUCCGAGAUCCAACCGCACCAUCACCACAACUCAAUAAUGCCGUCCCAACCCGGAACGCCUAAGAAGCGCAAGAUUGCGACGGCGCCUGACGACCAGGUAGACGAUGAUACGCCACGACCACUGCGGCUUGCCGACAAGAGCGAAACGCCAUCUCUCUCGUCGCUCUCGUCGCAAUCUCUCAUGGGAGGAAGCCAGCAUUCGGGCCGCUCGUCGCCAUCCAAGCUGGCGUCACAUCUCCGUGUUGGAUAUCACAAGUGUGAGGCGACCAAGUCGGUGGCAAGUUGUUCCCCUACUGCACAUUUACCAUCUAUCGAAAGGCUCAAGUCAACGUCACGAUCAUUGGCCUUACUUCGCGGGUCGGCCUACAUGGACUCGGAUGAUAUAGCCAUGGCGUCCCCCGAAACCAUCGACGCCAGAUUCCCAGAAAAGCACCUCAAUGAUAUCAUGGAAAUUGUCGACAUAGCCAAGGAAUGCCAGGGCGCCGAUAUAGACGAGACAUGCUGGAAUAACCAUGUGCACUCUCCUCUCCUCCAUGCUGCUCUCAACCGACGGCCAGUACCGGGCCAACCCAUCAGCUUUACGGCAUACAUGAACGCCAGCAUGACCGCCAAUUAUCGCGUAUCCCACAUCUACUCGUCCAAAGUCGACUAUGCCAUUUUCAUCAAUCCCAUCCUUGACACACCCGAGCCGACCAACACCCAGAGAGCUGUUCAACAUCUCCAGCGACACAGCCCAGAAUCAUCUGUCAACCACACUGGCUUCAGCUUGCUGCGAGACCGCCCCAUUGCCAUUAGCAUCGAAACGAAGCGGUACGGCGGCCAGGAGCGCAAGGCUGAAUUCCAGCUUGGCAGCUGGCUGGCAGCGCAGUGGAAGUUGCUGGCAGAGCAGGCGGCUCCAGAAGGACUACGUGAGCUGCCAUUUAUUCCGGGUAUCAUCGUGAAUGGCCAUGAGUGGAAGAUGGUGGCGGCGACGUAUGCUGACGGCAAGACGAAACUCUGGACUAAUCAAGAAUUCGGGACCACACGCAGUGUCUUGCGGACGUUUCAGAUCGUGGCCGCACUACGAAGACUGAGGAAAUGGUCACUUGAGGAAUACUGGCCUUGGUACAAGCGAUAUGUUCUCAAGAUUGGAUCGGACGAAGGGAUUGAGACGAUUAUGGCGGAGACUAGUUCUUAA